AUGGCCAAGCUUGCACGCAGUGCUACAAGGCAAAAUGCCGCUGUAUGUAUCCGUCUCAGAAAAGCCUGUGAGCCAUCGGAAUCGGUUCGCAGGCGCAAUGCGCAGACAGCCGCAGCUGAGGCGUCCGAUAUGCGGAUCUCUCGGCUGGAAGAUAAGAUGGAGAGCUUGUUAUCCGCCAUGCAAUCAUUCAUCGGUGCUAGGGGUGAGACUGGACCUGCUGUCAACGUCAUUAAACCGAUGAAUGAACAUGGCAGCGCUCCUUCGAUCACGUCCCAUUCAAAUAGUACUCUAGUCAACCCGACAGACACGAACCUUGCAUUGAGCGAUGGGUUAACAUCCGCAGCGGGCUCCAUUGCGAUAGUCUCGUCGCCCCCAAAUGCAUUGCUACUGCCUCAUCAGUACCCACUAUCUCCCAAUACUCCAUCACUGAUACAGGCAGACGAACGACUAAAUUUUUUCCGAUCCCGCAUGCUGCCAUUUUUUCCUUUCAUCGACUUGACCCCGGAUAUGACAAGCUGGUAUCUGCGGCAUAAUAGACCUUUCCUAUUGCAAGCCAUCCAUACCGUGACCACCUUCUCAACACAAGCAAGGCUGGCUCAAAUCGAAGAGUUGAAGCGCGUCUUGUUCACAUCUGCUCUGCUCGAAGUCAAGUCAAAUAUUGACCUGUUGCUGGGACUAUUGACGUAUCUAGCAUGGAGCACGGAUGCUUUUCUCGGCAGAGCAGACCUCCUCUCGCGACUCAUGAUGCUCGCCGUCUCACUUGUGUAUGACUUGAGAUUGUUCAAGCCCUCAUCAACAGACGUCGAAUUUAUGAUGAUGAUCACCCAGGGGAGGGCUGAUGACAAUAGCGGGAGCUCCGUUAAUGAAACGCCCUAUGAGCUAUUGGAAAGACAGCGAGCAGUACUGGCAUGUUUUAUGCUAAGCUCAAAUGUCUCGUCCCAUCUCGGGCGCCAAGAUGCUUUACGAUGGACGCCGCAAAUGGAGAAGGCGCUUCAACUAAUUGCCACGAAUGAAUCAUGCGCCUCAGAUGAUUUAUUCAUCUCUCAAGUCCGCUUACAGUUGUUAAAGCAAAGAGCGGAGGAUAUCCGGCGUCAAGACGAAGCAGAUUACCUUUCCACGGGUGCAACUCCCUUGGCAUCAGCGCCUCGUUUAUUCUAUAUCAAAACUCUGCGAAGAAAAUUAGAAGAGCUUCGCGCUUCAUUCCGGUCAGAGACUCCCCAUAUUGCGUAUUCGAUCAAUACAGACUCACUUUCUCUGCACCCACCUGAACGAGAGAAUGAAGGAGUGGUCAACUUGGGACUCGAACGUCUCGAGUGUUUAUGGCUGUCAGUUGAGAAUAUCAACUCAUGGCUGAAGAAUUUCUACAGAAUCCCCUGCUCGAAACUUGUCGGCCAACCUUUUCAUUUCUGGUCGCAAAUGAUUCUGAGUAUCACACUCUUGAAAUACCUCUCAACCCUGAAAGACCCAGAAUGGGACUGCCAAGUGGUGCGCAACACAGUCAAUCUCAUAACAGCCAUCGAGUCCAUGCUGCAGAGAAUUGAAUUGAGUGGCAAGGAGCCGGAACUUCAGUGCAACGACCAUCUGCUGAAGUAUUUGUCGAAGCUUUUGAGCAGAAGUCGCAUGUGGGCUCAAGCCCAAUGGCACAUUACUUCUCAGGUACAAGAUACGGAGACCAGGAUGUCUCAGAGUGUCAAUCCUGACACCAACUCUCACGAUUACCAUGUGCCUGAUCUUGAUCAGAUGACCUGGAUGCAAUCGAUGGACCUGGGAAAUGAGCAGUGGUUUGAGGAUGUACUAGGCAUGCCUGCGACGUUGUACUAA